CGUCUUUUUUUCUACGAUAGGAAUGUUCGCGACGUAUUUCGCUGUAGACGUUUCGAUUGUAUUCGGAUUUUAUUUUUCCUCAUUUCGCAUUUGUGUGGUGCACGGUCGCGAAUAUGAAAGCGCGUAAACUGAAUAAAGCGAAAGCAUGGUUGAUAUGUUGCGAAAAAUCGCAAAUUGUCGAUUCUGAUUCGAGCGAUCGAGAAGUUGAGGAGCAUAAAGCGCGGAAUAAAACGAAGAAGCAGCUGGACAACAAAGGAGAGAACAAAGCUGAGGAUAAAAUGGAGAGCGAUGUGGAGAACAAAGUGGAGAACACGAUAGAAAACCAGGUAGACAAGACGGAGGAUAAAGUGGGGAGCAAAACGCAGGGUGGUAUUGAAAAUGAAGUGGAGAACAAAGUGGAGAAUCAGAGGGGCAAGAUAGAGAAUAAACUGGAGGUCAAAACAGAGGACGAUGUCAAAAUAGAGAGUCAAACAGACGAAGUAGAGAAUAAACAGAGGAACAAAACGGAAGGUGAUGUUGAGAAUAAAAUGGAAAACAAAGUGGAGAACAAAGUAGAGAAUCGGACAGACAAGACGGAGAAUAAACUGGAGACCAACACGGAGGACGAUGUCAAGAACAAAGUGGAGAACAAGGUAGAAGAUCAAAUAGACGAAGUAGAGAAUAAAGCAGGGAACAAAAGGGAAAGUGUUAUCGAGAAUGAAGUGGAGAACAACGUGGAGAACCAGAUAGACAAGACGGAGACUAAAUUGCAGGCCAAAACGGAGGGUGAUAUUGAGAAUAACAUAGAGAAGGAAGUAGAAAAUAAAGCGGGAAGUAAAACGGACGAUGAUAUCGAGAAUAAAAUAGAAAAUGAAGUAGAGAAUCAGAUGGACAAGACAGAGAAUAAACUGGAGAACAAAACGGAGGAUCAUGUUGAGAUGGAGAAUCAGAUGGAGAACCAGGUAGAAAAUAAAGUGGGGAGCAAAACGGAAGACGUUGUCGAGAAUAAAAUAAAAAACGAAGCGGAAAGUAAAGUGGAGAUAGAAAGCAACGUCGAUAAUAAAGUGAAUAAUCAAGAAAAGCAGGAAAAUAUUCUUCCCACGUCACACACAACGGAUCAUGGCUAUGAUUAUGAUCUCUUGGUCAUUGGUGGAGGAUCCGGUGGCUUGGCAGCAGCUAAGGAAGCUGUUGGACUGGGAGCGAAAGUCGCAGUUUUGGAUUAUGUGACUCCUUCUCCUCUCGGAACUACUUGGGGUUUGGGUGGUACCUGUGUCAAUGUAGGAUGUAUACCGAAAAAACUCAUGCAUCAAGCUGCGUUGCUCGGUGAAGCUGUUCAUGAAGCAGCAACAUUUGGUUGGCAGUUGGAUCCCAAGUCUGUGAAAAUCGACUGGGAAGCCUUGAGAACCGCUGUACAAAAUCAUGUCAAGUCUGUAAACUGGGUCACUCGUGUUGAGCUUAGGACAAAGAAAGUUGAAUACUUUAAUGCUGCUGGACAUUUUAAGGACGCUCACACAGUAGUUGGAAUUACUAAGAAGGGGGAAGAAAAAAUUCUUACAGCUAAAAAUAUAUUAAUUGCAGUAGGUGGUAGACCUAAGUAUCCCGAUAUUCCUGGUGCUAUAGAAUAUGGUAUAAGUAGCGAUGACAUCUUCAGUUUGGAACGCGCUCCAGGGAAAACCCUUAUUGUCGGUGCUGGAUAUAUUGGUUUGGAAUGUGCUGGCUUUCUCAAUGGUUUAGGUUACGAUACAACGCUAAUAAUUCGAUCGUUGGUGUUGCGUGGAUUUGAUCGGCAAAUGGCAACCCAUGUUGCCGAAGAAAUGGAGCAACGCGGUGUGAAGUUUAAUUAUGAAGCAAAGCUUAAGAAAGUUUCAAAACAAGAGGAUGGCCGUCUUCUAGUCGACUGGAUUGACAAGGAUGGCCAAAUUCAUGAAGACGUGUAUGAUACUGUUCUAUUUGCUAUCGGCCGACGAUCGCUCACUCAAGAACUGAAACCGGAAAACGCCGGAUUAAAACUUGUUCCAGAAACUGGCAAGAUUGACGCAGUUAACGAACAAACGAACAUUCCAAACAUUUACGCGGUUGGUGACGUACUUCAUAAAAAACCCGAAUUAACGCCCGUUGCUAUACACGCGGGUAAACUGCUAGCCAGAAGAUUGUAUGGUAAUUCGACCGAGAAAAUGGAUUACAUAAAUGUAGCGACGACAGUGUUCACUCCUUUGGAAUAUGGAUGCGUCGGGUUGAGUGAAGAAGCGGCAAUCGCGCUCCACGGAGAACAGGAGAUAGAGAUAUUUCACGCGUACUACAAACCAACGGAAUUCUUUGUACCCCAAAAGAAUGUCGAUCGUUGUUACGUAAAGGUUAUCGCGCUUAGACACGGUGAUGAAACGGUGCUCGGAAUGCACUUUGUCGGACCCAAUGCAGGCGAAGUGAUUCAAGGAUUUGCGGCUGCUAUUAAAUGUGGCUUAACAAUCCCGAAACUGAAGUCUACUGUCGGUAUUCAUCCAACUGUAGCGGAGGAGUUUACGCGCAUAAAUAUUACCAAACGUUCAGGCUUGGAUCCUAAGCCGCAAAGUUGUUGCAGUUAAAUCGAUAUGCACGUAACAUCAUUGUGUUUAUGUCGAUCAUAUUCACAGAUUUAUACCGAUUAUCCGAUUAGGAGAUACCCAUAUUCCUAUGGCAAAGAUCAGCUGAAUAUCUUUCGGCUGAAACAGUUUUUCCGUUCUUACGUAUAAAAGCGCUGAAUUUCCGCAGUAUUACAUAAAAUAAAUAAUGAAAGAAUUCACAAGCCAGAAAAAGAGAGAAACAGAUCAUUCUAAUUUGUUACGUCACAUUAUAUCACUUUUUAUACAUAUUAUUUUUCUAAGAAAUGCGCCUUACAUCGUGCGUUAUUGACGCAAAAAAUUAUCGUAAUGCUUAUUUAUGAUAGCAAUAAUAACAAAUUACUAUUAAUA